AUGUUUUUAAGAAAUCAGUUUUGGAGCUAUUUUUGUAGAGGUAGAAGAAGAAAAAUUACUAGUCUUACGAUCGUUUUAAUAUUAUUAGUAAAUGCUAUGUUUUAUGUUAGUUUAUUACUUUAUAAUACUGUUCAGAAAAGAAACAUAAAACCCUGGUAUGAAAGAAUACAAUUUGAUCAAGAUUCUUAUGUAGAUAACACAGGAAUGAGAGUAGUUAUUGGUCAUUAUGUUGGUGGAAAUUCAGGAGGAAAUCUAACUGAAGAAAUAAUAAAUACUAACAACUAUGCCCCAAUAUUGGGUGCAGGAGAGGGUGGUCGGCCUGUACAGCUUUUACAAAGAGAAAUUAUCACUGCCAGAGAACUUUAUCCCUUACACUCAUAUAAUAUACUAGUUAGUGAUAGAAUAUCUAUAAAUCGAAGUUUGCCAGACAUGAGAAGUGACAGUUGCAGGAAUGUACAAUAUAAUUUAGAAAAUCUUCCAACUGCUACUGUUAUAAUAGUCUUCCAUAAUGAAGCUUGGUCUACACUUAUAAGAACUGUGAUGUCUGUGAUUUUACGAUCACCUGAUGAAUUAUUAAAACAAGUAAUAUUAGUUGAUGAUGCUAGCGAGAGGAAAUACUUAGCUAAGGAAUUGGAUGAUGCUGUAGCUAGUUUAAAUAAAGUACAAAUACUACGAAGUGCAAAUAGAACCGGGCUGGUUGGAGCAAGACUUAUGGGUGCUCGUGCAGCAACAGGGAAUGUUCUUGUAUUCUUAGAUGCACACUGUGAGGUGACGAAAGGUUGGCUCGAACCGUUGUUAGAUCGCGCAGGAAGCGACGACGUAUUCAUUUGUCCUCACAUAGACCUUUUGUCAGAUGACACGCUCGCCUACACAAAGAGUAUAGACGCCCAUUGGGGCGCUUUUAGCUGGCGACUUCACUUCCGCUGGUUAAUGCCCAGCCCUGAAGUCAUGCUGUCCAAAACAGAAAACCCCUCAAGACCUUACCCCACCCCGGCCAUGGCUGGCGGGUUGUUCGCAGUGCGAAAAAGCCUAUUCUGGCGACUAGGGGGUUACGAUGAAGACAUGGUCAUUUGGGGGGCAGAAAACCUUGAACUUUCCUGGCGUGCCUGGCAAUGUGGGGCUAGAGUUGAAAUAACGCCAUGCUCUCGCGUAGGACACAUAUUUCGACGGCACAGCCCAUAUAAGUACCCUGGUGGGGUCGCUAAGGUAUUAAACUCGAAUCUCGCGCGAGCUGCGACUGUCUGGAUGGACGAAUGGGCGGAGUUUUUCUUCAAAUUCAACCCAUCUAUUGCCGCGAUACGCGAUCAGCAGAGUGUGGCGUCUCGAAUAGAGCUUAGAAAGAAUUUGAAUUGUAAAAGUUUCAAAUGGUAUUUGGAGAAUGUGUGGCCUCAACACUUUUUCCCUGCUCACGAUCGGUGGUUUGGGAGAAUACGCAGUGAGAAAGGCAGUUGUUUAGGGGUGGCUUCUGGGACGCCUGGACUUGGUGGGCCAGCGUCUGGGGUGAGCUGUGGGAGUGACCUUGACUUAGAACGACUUCUGGUUUAUACAAUGGAGGGUAGAAUAAUGGCAGACGAAGGGUUGUGCCUACAGCAGGGUAACGGUAGAGCCGUCUGGAAAAGCUGCAACGACAGCAAGAAACAGAUAUGGAAUCAGAAAGGGCCGCGUUUAAAGACCCCCGAUGGGUUAUGUUUGACUCAGCUGAUAAGUGACAGUAAGGAUGGGGUGAAUGACCCAUUGACAGCUAAGAAAUGUCUUAAUGACAAUGGGCAGAUUUGGCACUUUGAACGAGUGCCUUGGCGAUAA